UGUCCCGAGGUGCCAUCCGCCACCUUCUUCACGGCGCUGCUCUCGCUGCUGGUGUCCGGACCCCGCCUGUUCCUGCUGCAGCCGCCCCUGGCGCCCUCGGGCCUGUCGCUGCGGUCCGAGGCCCUGCGCAACUGGCAAGUUUCGGAAGUACUCAACAAAUAAUGAAGUACUCUUCAGAUAAUGAAGCCUUCCGGAGACGGCCUGACAGCCACUAUGGAAGGAGAGGUCAGGAUUACAGCUGAGGAGACUGGCACACAGAGUGUUAAGUGACACCCACUCAAUCUACCCUGAAGCUGUUACAAUUAAUUAACCCUCAAACUGCCCAGUGAGUUUACAGGCUGGUGACCUACAUCUUCGUCUAUGAGAAUCCAGUCUCCCUGCUCUGCGGCGCUGUCAUCAUCUGGCGCUUUGCUGGCAAUUUCGAGAGAACUGUGGGCACCGUCCGCCACUGCUUCUUCACCUUGAUCUUCGCUGUCUUCUCCGCUAUCAUCUUCCUGUCAUUUGAAGCUGUGUCGUCGCUGUCGAAGCUGGGGGAAGUGGAGGACGCCAGAGGUUUCACCCCAGUGGCUUUUGCCAUGCUGGGAGUCACCUCUGUCCGUUCUCGAAUGAGGCGGGCCCUGGUGUUUGGUGUGGUGGUGCCCUCGGUGUUGGUGCCCUGGCUCCUGCUGGGUGCCUCUUGGCUCAUCCCACAGACCUCCUUCCUGAGUAACGUCUGUGGCCUUUUGAUUGGGCUAGCGUAUGGCCUCACGUACUGCUAUUCCAUCGACCUCUCGGAGCGAGUGGCGCUAAAGCUCGACCAGAAGUUCCCCUUCAGCCUCAUGAGGAGAAUCUCCAUGUUCAAGUACGUCUCCGGGUCUUCAGCUGAGAGAAGGGCAGCCCAGAGCCGGAGGCUGAACCCUGUGCCCGGCUCCUACCCCACACAGAGCUGCCAUCCUCAUCUGUCUCCAAGCCACCCUGUCACCCAGAUGCAGCACACCAGUGGCCAGAAGCUGGCCUCCUGGCCGACCCCUCCUGGGCACAUGCCCAGCCUGCCUCCGUACCAGCCCACCUCCGGCCUGUGUUACGUGCAGAACCACUUUGGUUCGAGCCCGCACUCCUCCAGUGUGUACCCAGCUGCUGUGGGGACCUCCCCGGGGGCCCAGCCCCUUCCCCCCGCCAGCUGCCCUGGCACAGUGUAUUCUGGGACCCUGGGUACGUCAGGGGCUGCAGGCCCCAAGGAGUCCUCCAGGGUCCCAAUGCCCUGAGAGAAGGUCCCUAGAAGUUCUCUCAGUUUGGCCUUCUGGGGAAGGUCCUGUCUGUGCUGAUUUUCUUGGUGAAAACUUAUUUAUUGGUACCUCCGUGUGCCAGGCGUGUUGAGUACCUUGACAGACAGAUGCCCCUGUGUCCACCUUCGUGCUCACGUCGGCUGGUGAAGUGGUUUGAAGACCUGGUUUACAUGCACUGACGACCUGAGACACGUGGCCCUGGUGGCACAGCUGGGUUCUUAGCUCCAGGCUCAGGGCGCCUCCCAGAGGGCGUGGGAGGAAAGGGCAGGGUUCAGUGGCUGCUGAGGGCUCUUUCCAGCCCCGCUUUCCUUCCUUCUGUACGCGUGCUCUGUCCUCUGCAGUGUCCGUGUGUGUGCUGGGCCGUCCCCAGGCCUGUGUAGUGUAUCUCCCCCGCAGCCUCCUGCACCCAGACUCGUGCCCAGCCGUGGUGACCUGCAGCCACGUGCUUCUGGGCCGUCGUGUUGAUGACUUUGUAUAAAGAACCUCCAACCUG